CAGGACUUGGCGUUUGUUUCUCUUUCUCUAUCAUCGACCACCGGCUCUCGGAUAUCUCAGAUCACCAUGGGGCUCUUAUACUCUGGCCCGGAUCGUUUUAUGCUGGAAUAACCCCCUCUUUCUCUAUCAUUCUAUCAUCCUUGACCAUCACUCCUUCCCGCCUUCAACACACGCCACAUCAUGACCGAGACCGUCCCCAACCUCACCCAAGGAGGCGCCACCAACAGCCAAGACCGCUCUAACCCCGAGCUCUACCAGGUCACCUCUCCCGAGAGUGCAAAGGUCGCACACGCACAUGACGAGUACCAUGGAGGAGCCAACAUGAGCCGAUUCAUCACUCCCGGUGGCUCGGCGGUGGACAACAGUCAACCUGCCUUCCCGGUCUUUCAUCGCAAGUUUGCGAACCCCUCUCCUCUUGGUCUUCUCUCCUUCGCGUCCUCGUCCUUACUGCUCAACCUUUACCAAGCAAACGCCCGAGGAGUCACAACACCUAACGUCAUUCUUGGUAUGGCUAUCGGCGUUGGUGGUAUGGGACAGACAUUAGCAGGGAUCCUGGAAUGGGGAUGUGGCAAUACAUUUGCUGCGACAACCUUUGUAUCUUACGGCGGCUUUUGGUGGACUAUGGCUUGGAUCUAUAUGCCUCAAUUUGGUAUUACUGCCGCCUACGCAGAGGACCCGGAGAUGCUCGAGAACGCCAUCGGGUUGAUGAUGAUGGCAUGGGGCACACUCACCUUCCUCUUCGUCAUUGCCGCCCAUCGCUCUUCUGUGGCAUUACUGUGUAUCCUCGUGCCCCUCACAAUCACCUUCUACGUAACUGCGGCGGGAUAUUUGAUGCAGAGCGCUUACUUGCUGAGGGUGGGAGGUGUGAUCGGUUGCAUCAUGUCGAUGUCUGGUUACUAUUGCGCCCUUGCCGGUCUCUUGACGCCCGACACAUCAUACUUUAUGGUACCUGUGGGCAAUCUCGCACCCCGCCAGCAUUAAGUAGUGUUGGCUUGGUUCUGCUGGUAUUAUCGUUGUCUAGCUUGUCUUUUUACCUUGACUCUCUCUCUCUCUUUGGGCUUUAUGAGGGACGAUCUCUCGUUGUAAAUCUAUAUGUUGUUGGAUUUGAAGCGACCAGGACGUGUCAGAGUUUGUUGUGAUCGAAGAUAACAUCGAGAUAGAAUUUAGCUAUUGCCUAUCGUUGAACGUGACGAUAUGCCCAUACUAUUAGUACAAGAUGCAUUUCAUGUAGUAUGAUACA